UGUUUCAGUUCUUUUAAGCCGUGAAAAAUCAAAAAGUGCGGAGCAUCCGGGUCGGGCUAAUGUGAAAAUCGAAGUGCUAAAAUGUUUUUAAAACUUAAAUUAAGCUGCCUGGUGGCGCUCUUCAUAGUUGGCGGUGCCAACUGUCUCCAGUGUUUGCAGUGUGAAAAUUGUUUCGAUAUAGGAAAUGCAAAUCCCAGCUUGGAGAAUUGUGGUGAUAAAUGUGGAAUAUGGAAAUUGGAACAAGAGAAAAGUGUAAACCGUGGCUGCUUGCCGGAAACGAUCGACCCAAGUGAUAUUCUGAAGCAAUGCGAUGAUGCUGAUGGUUGCAACAACGAUAAAGCCCUCAUGUGCCAGAAGUGUGAGCCCGGAGCUGAAUCGUGCGUGGAACAAAUUUGCGACUUAGGAGAUGUUUGUUUCGCUGAUAUAACAGACGACACCAGAGGUUGCAUCACCAGUGACACAACAGACGAUAAUCGACCCACCUGCGAUAAUGUCAACGAAUGUAACGCAAUUCCGCAAUGUGCCAAGUGCGAUCCAACGGCGGCCGGAAGCAACUGUCCCGAUGAUUCUAAGAUAGAAAAAUGCUUCAACCAUGGAAUCCAGCCAGACCAGCAGAACUGUUACCGCAUUGAAGAUGAUGAAAAGAAGCUUUUUCAAAUGGGAUGUACUAGCGACUCCGGUUUUGAAUUGUCAGACUGUAAAGGCUUCAUCUGUAAAACAUGCAAUGGAGAUUCUUGUAACGCGCAAGAGUUUCAAAGAUGCAACAUAUGUGUGGAUACGGAGUGUACCGAAGUAGCUUCAGAAGUGUGUAAAUUGUAUGAUUCGAAAUGUUACUCCAGCUAUGAUUAUUCCACAGACCAAAGGGACCUUGGAUGUUUAGAGGACUUGGACAACACUGAAGAGGUUUAUGAUAUCGUGAAAAUAUGUCCAGAAAAUUUGUGUAACGAAUUGCCUUUCCUCACACACCUCAAAUGUGCGCAAUGCGAUCGCGUCUGCCAAGAACCUGUAGCAGGACGAGUUUGUAGGGAUCAGAAAGCUGAAGCUUGUUACAUUGCACAAAUAGGAGAUAAAGAGGUUCGGGGCUGCACCUCGGAUUCGAGAAAUUUUGAUGAAUGUAUUGAAUUUGAAAAUUGUUACGUAUGCAAAGGUGAUAAUUGCAAUUCCGAAAAACAAACAACUCUCAGUUGCGUAAAGUGUGACGGAACCGAGGAAUGCGGACUCAAAACGCGGGGAGAACAAUGUUUUGGAACGGUUAAUUUCUACAGCGGAUGUUACGCGUUCCAAAACGGAGAUAAUUUUGAGAAAGGAUGUUUGAGCGAGUAUGACGAUAGUACAAAGUGUAUUGCGGAUGACGAAAAUUGUAACAAAUGUUUUGGUUCAGACUGUAACAUCAGACAUUGUAUGAGCUGCACUUCACAGGAAGAUAGCCGAUGUGUAGAAGGAACCAUGCCUAGAUAUGAUCUCUGUUCACCGGACGAUGAAUGUCAGGUUUUUGUGAAUGGUGAAGGAUACACUGUCCGUGGUUGUGCCAAGAAGUUCCCGGAUUACGACUGCACGGAGGAGAAUAAUUGCAAAUCUUCUCCUGAUCCAAAUCCGGAUCCAUAUCCUGAGAAUGCCCUAAAAUGCUUCACGUGCAAUGGCAAAGACGAUUGUGAAACUGAACGGGAACCGGUUUACUGCAACCGAAACAAUGGACAAGGUUGUUAUGUCAUAAUGGAAGGUUCUGACAUUAUUGAAAGUGGCUGCUUGGCGGAUGCCGAACCCGGAAAAAACUGUGCGGAGAAUGAGAACUGCUACGAAUGCGAAGAUUCAAACUGCAAGCCAAUUCGCUGCCAUUCGUGUUCGUUCUCGGGUGCCGACAACGCAGACUGUGUCGAUAAUCCGGAUGAGAGCAACCAAUGUCUGACCAGCGUCGGGUGUGUUGUGAGGAAUAAAGGCACGAGUAUUGUGCGCGGCUGUUAUGACAAGAUCGAGGAGUGUAAAAAUCCAAAGGAUUGCCCGGUACCUUGUAAAGAGGACUGGUGCAAUAAUGACGACGUGUGUUUCCGUCAGACUACGACUACAAGGUUCUCCCAAGUUUGUGAAGGUCAUCGCCAAGGGGACAAAUGCUUCCGAUAUCAGAAACAAAAUACUUUGGAGCUGGGCUGCAACGAUGCAACCACAUAUGAGGAUUCUUUAUGCCAAAAAGAGCCGGAAUCUUGCAAAUUUUGCGACUCCAACUUUUGCAACACAAGAGCUUUCGCUGAGUGCUACAGUUGUACUGAUUGUACAACCGUUGAAGGACUGUCAACUAAGCUUUGCGACGAUACAAGGGACAGGUGUUUCACGCACCAAGACAUGGCAACUAAGAAAAUCACCCGAGGAUGUCGAGCAGAAAUGCAAGCAUCCAGUGAAUGUUACGAAGGAGUGAACUGUGCCUUUUGCGGACCACUGGGGGGAUGCAACAAAGCUGUUCCGUUGACCAAAAAUGAAGCAUUUUGGUGUACAUCAUGCCGAAAUUCCUCAGAAUGUGCUGAAUAUAGACCGGCAGAACUCUGCUCCUCCAGUGAGGGUUGGCUGUAUGAACGCUGCAUCGGUUUUGCGAUAGGCGAUGAACAUUUCUAUAAAGGAUGUCUUAGCGACGGUUUCCCAUUGGCGGGCAUCAAAAACGAUUGUCUCGGAUCCCGAGUGUUCUGCAGUAUUUGCGAUCAAAACUAUUGCAAUGCCGACCCGUUGAAGUGCCACGAAUGUUCGACCGAUAAGGAUGGCUUUGGGUGUUUGCUGAUGGCGCAGGACAACCCGAUGGCUGAAUGUGGCAUAAAUGACCACUGCGUAGCAUUGAUCGAUAUGGUCGGUCAUCUGACGCGAGGAUGUGCCUCCAAACUCAAGAUUGGCUGUCCCGGCGAGAGUUGCUGCAAUGAUCGAUUCGGGUGUAACUCCGGCGAUCCACGGAAAGACGAGCGUCUCAGUUGCUACCAGUGUGAAGGCGAAAGCUGUUUGUCCGGUGCGUUACAAACUGGUGACCAUCUAAAGUCCUGUUUGGUUUACAGCGAAACGGAUCAAUGUUAUACACACGUAGUGGACGAAACAACGGUCAAACGUGGUUGCGUAUCGGAUGAUCCGGAGUUCUGCUCCAAGAAUAGCUGUAUUACCUGUUCGGGUGAAGCAGGUUGUAACAAUCUAGGUCCUUUGGUAGAUAAUAGCCUUACUUGUAUUAAAUGCACCAAUGUGGGGAGUUGCAGCAGUGUAAAUGUUGGUUCAAAGUGUGAAAAUGAUGUACUUUUGGGAGAGUCAGAUUAUUGUUAUACGUUCAUGUUCGAAAACCAAAUUACUGUUGGAAAGGGUUGUUUGUCAGAUUUAAUCAAAGGCGAUACUUUCUACACCGAAUGCAAUUCGGAUGAUUCACAAUGUAUUCUUUGCCCUGGAAACAACUGUAACCGUGACCAGUUCCGUUGUUAUCGGUGUAGCUCUCGAACCAAUGCUGACUGUGCUGAUAUAAGAAGUAAUAAUAUCGAUCGAGUAGAUUGUUACGGAGAAUGCGUUUUGUUCCUGGAUGAAGAGGGGUACAUUAUCCGAGAUUGUCUAGAAAACAUCGAUGAAGACGAAUGCAACGAUUCCAUUGAUUGUGAGACAUGCCUGGGUAGCGAAUGCAAUAAAAACAUGCUACCAGAAACACGACUGAGCUGCUAUCAAUGUGAAGGAUCUGAGGAGGAUUGCCUUAAAGCCACUGCUGAGAUAUUCAACAAAGCUUGUUCCAAACAUAAAGACGACGACCAAUGUUAUACGAGAUUCGAACGAGAAGACUACGUGACUCGAGGUUGUGUUUCAGAUUUACCAGAGGACCAAAAAUGUACAGAACCCUGUAUAACGUGCGAUGGAGACGACUGCAACGAGCAAUACGCUCUGCAAGAUAAUACUCUCCACUGUAUCAAAUGCGUAGGAGAAAGUUGCGAGGGAAAUGUUAAAGGAACGCCGUGUACGAAACAAAUACUGUUCGGAUCCCGGGACUUCUGCUACGAAUACGCUGACAAAGACACUAUUCAAAAAGGGUGUCUGAGCGAUUUGAGCGAAGAUGGAGAUGAAACCAUCAAAAACGCUUGUGACCAAGGAAACUGCAUAUUAUGUAGCGAAGAUAAUUGCAAUCGAGAUAUGUUCUAUUGCGUAACUUGCGAUUCUGAAACCGACUCAAGCUGCGCAGACCCAUUGCGAGUAAUCGUUGCAGGCAAACGAGAAGUCUGUGAACAGGAACGCUGUUUCUCUUUGAUCGACGGACAAGGUAUAACCCGAAAGGGAUGUGCCGGAAAGGAAUCAAUUUGUGAAGAUUCGGAAGCACCUUGCAGCCUAUGUGAGGGUUCUUCGCUGUGCAACAAUGUGCUUUUCCCAGCAGAUCGCAUCUUGUGUUACCAGUGCGCAGAUUGUGAUACUGUUUCAACUGAAGAUGUAGUGGUUCCCACGGCCUGCCAGAAAUAUGACGCCGAAGAUUACUGUUUCAGUAAUCUAGAAGAAAACUCCGUGCAACGAGGCUGUGGUACCGAGAUUUCCGGUGCACCUUGCUCCGAUCCGACUGUUUGUUUCCGGUGCAGCACCAAUGGCUGUAACGAUCAUCCGAUAACGUGGAACAGUGCUCUAUCGUGCGUCAAGUGUUCGGGACCGGAAUGCGCAAAUGCAGAAACUUCCGUUCCGUGCGAGGGAAAAGUCACACUAGGAUCGAUUAAGGAUCAAUGCUACAGCUUCAGUUUUCUUGGGGAGAUUAUAUUGAAGGGAUGCACGGUGGAGGACCCAUCGAGAUGCGCCCUGGAAGGGUCUUGUGAAUUGUGUAGUUGUAAUGGCUGCAACAGUUUGGACCAAAACAACUCAUUCGAGUGUUUCGAGUGUUCGGGUCCUGAAUGCGGAGAGAUUGAUCCUUCCAAGGCCGAAACAUGCAGUGGAAUGGCGUGCAUAACCUACCUGUCUAAGGACGGUUUUGUUUCACGUGGAUGUGUGGCUGAUUUCCAAGAUGAUUGUAUGGUGUUUGGUAGUAGUCAUGAACUUUGCAACGCUGAUCACUGCAAUGCGCAAAUAUAUCCAGCAAAUCGUCUCAGAUGUCACAGAUGUGAAAACUGCGCCACUGACGUACCUGAUGACCCUGAACUUUGUGAUCGGUAUGUCGAAGACGACACCUGUUACACGUUAUCUCUGGAAGGUGGAAAAAACAUUGCGAGAGGCUGUUCAUCUGAACUAUUUGCAUCUUGCGCUGCGCCUGAUUGUAAAGAAUGUUACACUAGUGGUUGCAAUGAUGAACCUUUUGAAGGAGGCGUCGAUCCAACUGAAGAGCCAACGGAAAAUCCUACAGAUGAACCAACGGAUAGUCCAACUGAGGAACCAACAGAAAGUCCAACUGAGGAACCAACAGAAAGUCCAACUGAGGAACCAACAGAAAGUCCAACUGAGGAACCAACGGAUAGUCCAACUGAGGAACCAACGGAUAGUCCAACUGAGGAACCAACGGAUAGUCCAACUGAGGAACCAACAGAAAGUCCAACCGAUGACCCGCCUAAUACGACUACAGGAGAAAACACAGAAGAACCUGGUAAAACCACAACAGAAGACAAUCCAACGAAUCCGGGAGAUAACACUUUGAAAUGUAUUCAAUGCGUGGAGACCGUCGAAAAUCCAUCUUGCGCCUGGGGCCACCGACCGGAAUCAGCGAACGAUUGUGAAAAUCCUAGCGACGGAUGUUUCAGUUGCAUCGAAAAUGGUUUAACAGUGCGUGGUUGUUCUUCGGACCUAACCCAAUACUCAUGCUCACCGGCAACCAUUGACGAAUGCGACGACGAAGACGGUUGCAAUGCUGAAAACAUCAAACGACAAAGCUGUGCCAUCUGCAGCACCAAUUGCCACUUGGGCAAGCAAUAUAAUCCGGUGGAAGAUUGUUCCGGGGUUAUCAGCUACGAUCAACGGGGUUGCUACACGAUGCGAAACGAGCGGAAGCUGGUCGUUGAGCGAGGAUGCAUUGCUUCAUUAACUGACGGCGAACGAGAUUAUUGUCGCAACCGAGGAGAUUUGUGCGAAAUUUGCUUUGCAGAUGGGUGCAACAACGGUACACUUGCAAGAGUUUUGAACGGAUUACUGCUAUCUGGUUUCGUGUGGUUUGUCCUCAGAUGGAUACAGUUUUAAACAUAUGCAUUUAUCAAAAUAUAUACAAUCAAAAAUUGAGCCAU